ACACACAUCCCCAUCCUCAUCAAUCUAUUCGGCAUCCUCAUCUAUCUGUUUGACAUCCUCCCUUUCCUUCCCCUCCAUCCCUCUUUCUCUCUCUCUUUUCAUUGUCUUCCAUAAACUCAUCUUCGAAUUUUUCUCUAUAAUCUCCAUCUUUGCAUUUUUUUUCUUCUUUUUUCUCUUCAUUUUUUUCUUGUUGUUUAUAUAUCCAUUCAUAUACUAUACUAUAGAGUCAUCAAACAUAGAAUUAUAUAUUUUUAUUCUUUAUAAUAUAUAGCUAUAUUGAUUCUUUACGUAAUGUAUUUUGCACUAAAUAUUUGGCUUACUAAUAAAUAUGUUCUUUAAUAUUGUCCACUGCUUAAACUGCAUUAAAUCCUGUAAAUAAAUAGUACUAUAGAACUCAAAUUAUUGUCUAACAUUACAUUUUAUGUUUGGAAUAAUCUAUUCUAUAAAUGUGUUAUACAUAGAAUAGUAUAUGUUUCUAAUUUAUGGUAAUACACACGUUCACGCACCGUGAAGGACUAUAACGUCUGAUUAUAUCUCAAAAAAACAUAUUUUUCGAGGCAUGACUAUAUUUUUUAUUGUCAGGCUUCAUAUGAAUAUUGAGCGUGACCUCAACUAUCUAUUUGACAUCCUCCCUCUCCUUCCCCUCCAUCCCUCUUUCUCUCUCUCUUUUCAUUGUUUUCCAUAAACUCUUCCUCGAAUUUUUCUCUAUAAUCUCCAUCUUUGCGUUUUUUUUCUUUUUACUCUUCAUUUUUUCUUGCUGUUUAUAUAUCCAUUCAUAUACUAUACUAUAUUGUCAUCAAACAUAGAAUUAUCUAUUUUUAUUCUUUAUAAUAUAUAGCUAUAUUGAUUCUUUACGUAAUGUAUUUUGCACUAAAUAUUUGGCUUACUAAUAAAUAUGUUCUUUAAUAUUGUCCACUGUUUAAACUGCAUUAAAUCCUGUAAAUAAAUAGUACUAUAGAACUCAAAUUAUUGUCUAACAUUACAUUUUAUGUUUGGAAUAAUCUAUUCUAUAAAUGUGUUAUACAUAGAAUAGUAUAUGUUUCUAAUGUAUGGUAAUACACACGUUCACGCGCCGUGAAGGACUAUAACGUCUGAUUAUAUCUCAAAAAACAUAUUUUUCGAGGCAUGACUAUAUUCUUUAUUGUCAGGCUUCAUAUGAAUAUUGAGCAAAUUGACCCAUCUCAAUAACUCUUUUUUUUUUGGAAGACAAAUCUCAAUAACUUUCAUCAAAUAAAAGCAGAGUCUAUAUCAUCUAUGACAGCGCGCUAAGGAAAAAUGAAACUCUGAACCACGUUUAUUUUAAAUUGUAUUUCACAAAGUUCCUUUUCCUUUUCUAUGCGUGAUUAUAAAUUAUGUAUAAUAAGUUUUAUAUAUAUAUAACAAUAUGUAAACACCUGCUUUAAGCCCUUUAUCAAAAAAAAAAUGUAAACACCUGCUUUGAAAUAUUUUGAAAUGCCCCGUUUGAUUUAGCUAUUUUUAAUUAAGCUAAAGUUGGUAGAACUGCUUUAUGAUCAUAAUUAGCUAAGUUUGUAUUGUCCCAAAGUCCUAAAAGAAUCAAGUACUCUCCUGCGCCCAAAAAUAUAUUAUUUUCACCACAAAAUAAUAUAGGCUCAUGACUGCGGUUUGAGCGGUGCGAGACAAGCGGCUUAACUUCGCUACGAUUUUAACAGUUAUAAAAACGUAUAGAUAUAUGGUAUAUGUAAAGAUUUUUGUUACUGUUAACUGUGGUACGGGGCAGGUCGGUUGUAAACAUUAAAAACCAUAAUAUUCAAAUACGAUUUAUUCGUUAAAUAUUGUCAUUUUAUACAAAUAGAAAAAAAAACUGCCUCCCACUCAGGAUAUAUCAUAUAUGAUGUAUAUAAAUACAUCCUCCUCUUCUCCAUGCCUCAUCACCACUCAGACAAGCUAUUAAGUAAGAGGUAAAAAAGAAGCGAGGGAGCAGAUUAUAACUGAGAGAAGAAACGUUUAGUUAUUAAGUUAUUUAACUUACUAUAAUCAUGGGCUAUCUCGACGGGAAAUGGGCACCGUUGAUCAUGAUUACCGUGAUUAACACGAUUAAUGGGAUGGUUAACGCUUUGAUUAAGAAAGUUCUUGAUGGAGGCAUUAAUCACAUGGUUAUUGCUACCUAUCGUUUGGGUAUUUCCACCUUAUUUCUUCUUCCCAUCGCUUAUUUUUGGGAACGGAAAACAAGGCCAAAGCUAACUACAAGCAUCUCGUGUCAGCAUUUCUUCAGUGCCCUUUUUGGGGCGAGUUUGAUGCAAUUUUUUUUCUUGCUUGGGCUCAGUUACACUUCUGCCACGUUGGCAACUGCCUUCUGGGGCACAUUGCCUGCCCUCACUUUCAUUAUGGCCUUAAUAUUUGGAUUCGAAAAAUUAAACAUGAAGACAAAAAUAGGAUACGGUGUCAUUCUUGGAGCUAUGAUAAGCUUAGCAGGAGCUUUAACCCUUACGAUGUACCAAGGCAUUCCAUUAUCGAACUCUCAUGAACAAGCAACGAUUUCAAACAUCCAUAAAGGAAAUGAGAAUUGGAUCAAAGGCUGUUUUCUUUUAUUCACAGGAGUUAUACUUUUCAGUUCUUGGAUGCUUAUACAAGCCAAGAUCAACGUGAGUUACCCGUGUCCAUAUUCGAGUACAGUUAUUUUAUCGGUCUUUGGGACGCUUCAAUGCGCUCUUCUUAGCUUUAUCAAGACUAGACAUGUGGAAGAUUGGAUCCUCGGAGACAAACUCACCAUCUUCACCGUCAUUAUAGCGGGAGUGAUUGGACAAGGAAUGUGUACGGUGGGAAUAUCGUGGUGCAUCAAACAACGUGGACCUGUCUUUACAGCAGCGUUCAGUCCUGUCACACUUAUGUCCGCAACCGUGUUCGAUUUCGUGAUACUUCAUCGUAUGAUUUAUGUUGGAAGCGUUAUUGGAUCUGUAGUAGUUGUGAUCGGUUUAUACAUAUUUUUAUGGAGCAAGAGCAAACAUAUAGAUGAGUGUAAGAUCGUGACGUUACCUACAAAUACGGUGGAAAAAGAAAAGGAAGAGGAAGAUCAUACAAAUGUUAACAAAUUAGGCCGUGUUUUGGUUAUCCCCAUGACACCUUGAUCUACUUCCCUAAAGUCUCUUUUUCAUUCAAUAAGACUGACAUGUCCUACGAAUCAACUGCGAAGAAGAGAAUAAUUUUCGCAUUCCAUUGUUUGUUGGAGUAUUUGAUCACUUGUGUUGCUAUGUUUUGGCUUACAUAUGAUAUUCCAAUUUGUUUAUAAAAUAAACAGUAUUUAAUAUGGGCCUAAAUGGCUAAACGAAUGCUUCAUUCUUAAUCUUUUUAGAUAAACAAAAUAAACCAAUAAACUUAUAGACUAGAACGGCUGAGAGAAAAGGUGUUUUGCGGCAGUAGUUCCACAAGAUGUUUUGUGAACAUAAAUUAUGACCAAAACUGGAGGACAUGUAAGUGAAUGGAGCAAAUGCAGUUGCUGGAACAAAUAAGAUUGGAAUAGGAAGAAACUGAUGUCAAAGAACUAAAUCAUAAAGAAAUUUAUUU